CAGGACUAAGCCUGUCCAAAACAUAGACCUAUAAAGAUUUCUUUUUAGGUCUAUGGCCAAAAAUUGAAAAAUGCGCGCCGUUCGGUGAACAAAAUAUCAGUUAUCAACUCUCCGUCCUGAUAGCUAUUUAAAAGAAUAUCAAAUUUGAUAAGAAUCGGUAAUUUUUUCCAUGUGUGAUUAAUUGUUUUCCCAAAAACAAAAUAUAUAUAUUGAUUUUAUUGUGCUGGAGCACUGUGAAAAAGUACAAUUGAAUUUUUUGUGAAGACAAUACCUAUUUUUUCUUUUACAAUUUGCUUAGCAAGAAUUAUAAACAUUUGUGUUUGUCAUACAAUUUUUUAGUUGUCAACUUGAUUAUUUAAUAUGGAGAUUUCAAUGGCAUCAACUGAUAGCGUUAAAGUACUGGUUGUUGGAGAUUCUGGUGUUGGCAAAACAUCAUUGGUAAAUAUCAUUAGUAACAAUAAGGCUGUUAAAAAUCCUAAAUGGACAGUAGGCGUAACUGUUGAGUUAAAGCUGUAUAAAUAUAUGGAAAGUACUCCUAGGCAGCGAAAUUGUUUUAUUGAAAUGUGGGAUAUAGGGGGUAGUUCCAAUCAUAAAAAUACCAGACAUAUAUUUUAUAAUUCAAUCCAAGGUAUUAUUCUGGUAUAUGAUUUAACCAAUCUUAAAUCAAGUGAAAAUCUUCAUAAAUGGUUAGCAGAAAUAAUGAAUAAAGAUAAUAAUGCCAAAUAUAAAUAUACAGAUGACUUUGAUAUGGAACAAUUAGUUGGAUCUAACAGAGUCCCAAUUUUGGUAUGUGGAACCAAACUUGAUAUGGCUCCCGAACGUGGUAAAAAAUCUCCUUCAACUGUGGCUGCAGAGUUUGGAGCCGAUGAAAUACUUUUGAAUUGUCACGAUUCAAAACAAUUGGAAAAUGGUACAAUAGCCACCUCCAAACUGAACAACUUUCUUGAUAGAGUUAUACAAAUUAAAUACCCAAUAAGUAACUCGAGUCCAUUCAGUCAAGGUCUUUAUUCUAGACAACAUCAAUAUCAGUCACCACAAAUGUCGCAAUAUCCUUCUACUCGACAAAUAAUAUAUGAUGGUUUGCCAACAGUUAGUAAAAACACAUUUUUUCAAAAUAAAACUAUUCACAAAGACUAAUUUGUUUUAUUUAUAAUAUAUUUUUUUUAAUGAAUAUAUCAAAUUAUUAUAAAUAAGUACAUACAUGUUCGAUACAUAAAUAAAUAUAUUUAUAUUCAUAAUAAUAGUGUUAAUUAAA